AGCUGUUAUUGGAAGGUGCUCGUUGUAGAAUCCUCUCAAGUUUUGAUCAACUAAUAUGACUCGUUUGUACGCCUUUCUGGCUGUAUGCCUGCUUCUGAUAGCUUCCGCAGCAGCUCAGUUCGAUUGUAACUCAGCUCCUCCGGGUGGAAGUCCCAAGAUAUGCUGCCCGUGGAUGGACGGAGCUUCGGUGCACAAUGGUACUGCCUAUCUGGUAUGCUGGGAGAAGUACGCUCAUUUUCCGGUCAACCUGAUCCCCGGAGGUGGAAUUGCUGGAGGUCCCGCCGGAUGUGCUGCAGAAUGCUUUUUCGACAGUGUUGAUGCCUUGGAUCGCAAUCAGCGGGUCACUAGGGUUGAUCUGAAUGCGAUGAAGGCCCACGUCCGGAAGUUCACCCACCCGGAUGAGCUACCCGUCAUGGAUGAGGCUCUGGAGUACUGCGUAUCGGAGGCUAACGCAAGGGCCGAAAUUUUCUACGCCAUCCAGCGAGGACCUCAGGUGGUUCCUGGUUUGGAAAAUUGCAGUCCCAUUUCUGGGUUCACCUUUUCCUGUUUGCAUGUUUACGCUAUGAGAACCUGUCCCUUCGGAGAAUGGAAUCCAGAAGGACUGGAAAUUUGUGAUGAAACUCGUGACUUUUACAACGCUUGUCCACUGAACCCAUACUAGUUUAAAUGGAUUGACCCGUAGCUUGGAAACUGUUUUCAGAUUGAUGUGUUUUCAGUGCAAAUAAAGA